AAUGGUUCACAAAUCUUUUGGGGAUCGUUCCACCAUUUCUUUAUUAGAAAAUUUAGAUGCAGACAAAGUACUUCUUCAAUUUGGGAAAUGUGGAUCAUAUCAGCUUUUAAUUUACAUAAUGUCUUUGAUUUGUUUUUAUAUGUUCUCUUACCUCACAACAAUGUUUGUAAAAGAAUCUUUAAAAAUAUUUUAUUCUUUCAGAAUUUCAUUAAUUGGUGAAAUCCCUGCCGAUAAAUGUUCCCCUACUCCUUCAAAUAGUUCUACUACUACUAAUUUACUUUUAGAAAAUUCAACUAACAAUUAUUAUGAUAAACAUAUAUCUUUAGCCGAUGAGUUUGGAAUAAAUUGUGAAAAUAAAUACCUACUAGAUCAUGCAAGUGGCGCUUUUAUGUUUGGUAAUUUAGUAGCCUCUACAUUAGCUACAUAUUUGGCAGAUCGUUACGGACGAAGGAUGACUUUUUUGUUGUCUUUAUGGUUUACUACAGCAAUGAGUUUUGCUUGUGCAUAUUCACCAACUUAUAGUUUAUUUCUUGUUUUUCGAUUUUUGUCGGGUGCUUCUGGGCAGGCUAUUCUUAUUGUUGGUUAUGUAGUAACUGUUGAAUCUGUUGCUACUUCUUUUCGUUCAAUUCAGGCAUUAAUAAAUUCACUCGUUUGGGUUUUUGGUAUUUUUGUUGUUGGAAUUCUUUAUCAAUUUAUUCUUAAUUGGCGGUAUCUCUAUUUGUGUGUUGUUUUUCCUGGUUUAUUUACAUUAUCAUAUUAUUGGGCUUUUCCAGAAUCCUUACAUUGGUUAAUUACAAAUAAAGAAACAGAAAAAGUACAAAAAUAUUUAAAUUUAUCCCAAUAUGUAAACAGAACAAAAGUAAAUUUAGAGGAAUGUCAAAAUGAUUCUAAUCAAACAAACAAGAUUAGAGUAAAAAGGAAUUUUCUUGAUUUGUUCAAAAAGCCUUCUUUUGCUUUCCAUUUGAUAUUAAAUUGUUAUAUUUUCGUUGUCCUCAAUUUUGUAUAUUGGGUAUUAACUUUACACAGUGUUGAUAUGCAUGAGAAUAGAAUGGUCGGAUUCUUUUUAUCAGCUGCAGUAGAAAUCCCAGCUGGAAUUAUUGCUAUGCUUUUAUUGAUGAUAUUUGGAAGACGUACAGUUACAUUUCUUUCAAUUAGUGGCCAAACUAUAUCAUUAGGAUUAACAAUUUUCACUCCACGGGGAACAACUCCUUUUUUGAUUUUGUCAUUAAUCGCCAAAAUUAUGAACACAAUUGCUUGGGCAUCAGCACCUCUUCUUCUUAGCGAAAUGGCACCAACUACUGUUAGAAAUAUGAGCUAUGGACUUAUUUCAACGGCUGGAGAAAUUGGAUCUUCUUUGGCUCCAUAUUUGAAUAGAAUUGAAGAUGAGAAUAUGAAAAAGGCAAUAAUUGCGUUGUUGUCAGUUGUGGCUAUAAUUUUUUCGAUGAUGGCACCAGAAACGUUUGGAAAAUCACUGCCACAAGAUCUUGAUGAUUUUGAUGCGGGGCCAUUUGUAGCUUUUUUAAGAAAAUUUUCUCGAUUUCCUAAAACGCAAAUAUCUAGUACAGAAAUACAAAAAUCUAAUUGUAAAUGA